AUGAUGUCGAAAUCUGAAAAUUCAAUAUUUUCGGAUGGUAGUCGAUUAUCCAACAGUAAUACUGGAGCAUUCACUGAGCAACAUGCAACGCCUAAUUUUCUCUUUGGUUCUCGCAACAGGCGUCGAAGUUUAAUUAUGGCUUUUGACACUGGCACUCCAGAGAAACGGCCGUUGGAAUAUGAUGAACUAACUGUAGCCUCGAAAACUAGUUCGCAAACUAAAAGUGUUCAUUGGUCACCAUCACUGGUACAUACUAGAAAUAUUGCUUCGGGCAGAAUGCGUAAAGAUUUUUUUAUGGAUACAGAUCUGGAUAAGUCAUCUUCAAUAGGACCAGAUGUUUCGAUUGAUCCUCCUCUUCGUUCUAUGAGGGAGGAACUGCUAUGUCCCUAUCAGAUAUCCAGGGAUUCAACUUCCACAAUUUCGAAUCUGUCAAGCGUGUUGGACCUUCAAACUCAACAAGAAAUUGCUGCACAUUGGAUUACUGUGUUUGGUUUCUCUCGAGAAGAUGCAACAAAUGUCCUUAAAUUAUUUGCACGACAUGGAACAGUUGUUGCUCAUCGGUUUCCUAAAGAAGGCAAUUGGAUGUUUCUACGUUAUGCUUCACCCAUUCAUGCCCAGCAAGCUCUUUCUCGAAACGGUCAAAUCGUAGAUGGUCGAUUGCGCUUAGGUGUAGUUCCAGUUGAUAAUGAGGAGUUGGUAAAUUUAGAGGAUGAUGAGUAUCUCAACUCAUUUUCACAAGCAAAUAAUGAAAACAGUAUUCAGUUCAACCAAAGCGCAAAGUCAUUGUCGGAACAGUCCUUUUUUUGUGUGAUUAACCCGUCAUCUUCGCCAAGUACAGUCCCACGUCCUCUAGAUACUAGUUUUAAUUCUUCAUUAAUUGCAUCACACGUCCGUCCAGGAAUUCGUUCUCUACGUGCUUCUUUCAAUGCAAUAGAUAAUUAUUACCGGGUUGACGAGGAAGCAGAACCGGAGAAGUCUCAUGGAUUGUUUGAUAGACUGCGGAGUUUUGUUUCAUAG